GCGGCGGCGGUGGCGGUGGCUGAGGAGUGGCAGCAGCUGCUGGAGGGGCAGGUCAGGGCUGCGGAGACUGCGCUGUGCCUGCGCGACGGGAGACGCUCGCUCGCCUCGCUGCCUUCCACCUGCAGCCAUUAGCCACGGGCGGACGGGCGGGCUCGGGCGCAGGGCGAGAGACACCCGAGCAGCGCCGCCGCCGCCGCCUGGACAGCGCUCUGCACCGGGGCCGUCCAUGAACCGCAGCGCCGGCCUCGGAGGCGAGAUGGAGGUUGAUAGUAAUAAACAGGAAAUAUUCCAGAGGAUGAAGAAUGCUGUCUUGGUGAAUGGUGUCGUUCUGAAUGGCCCGAUAACAGAUUCAAAAGCAGGAGAAAAAUUUGUAGAAGAUGCCUGUAAGAUCAUAAUGGAAGAGGUCAUACAGAAAGCUGCUGAUGUAACAGAGAAGGUUUGUGAAUGGCAGCCUCCUGAAAAACUGAAAAAACUUCUCGAUCUGGAAAUGAGGGAGACUGGAGAGCCCCAUCAGAGACUCUUGCAACUUUGCCAGGACAUUAUUCGAUACAGCGUCAAAACUAAUCAUCCAAGAUUUUUCAAUCAGUUGUAUGCUGGUAUUGAUUAUUACUCUUUAGUGGCUCGUUUCAUUACAGAAGCAUUAAACCCAAGUGUAUAUACAUAUGAGGUGUCCCCCGUGUUUUUGUUAGUGGAAGAAGCAGUCCUGAAGAGAAUGAUUGAAUUCAUAGGCUGGAAAGAAGGUGAUGGCAUAUUUAAUCCAGGUGGUUCUGUUUCUAAUAUGUAUGCUAUGAACUUAGCUAGGUAUAAAUAUUGUCCUGACGUAAAGGAAAGGGGGCUUUCAGGGCUGCCAAGACUGGUGCUGUUUACAUCAGAAGAGUGUCAUUACUCCAUGAACAAGGCAGCUUCUUUCCUGGGCAUUGGCACGCAGAAUGUUUACUUCAUCACAACAGAUGAAAGAGGUAAGAUGAUACCUGAGGAACUGGAGAAACAAGUCCAGCGGGCCAGGAAAGAGGGGGCAGCACCAUUUCUUGUCUGUGCCACAGCUGGUACAACUGUGUUGGGAGCAUUUGAUCCUCUGGAUAAAAUCGCUGAUAUCUGUGAAAGACAUGGUCUUUGGCUGCAUGUGGAUGCAUCUUGGGGUGGCUCAGCUUUGAUGUCAAGGAAGCAUCGUAAGCUUCUGCAUGGCAUUCACAGAGCUGAUUCUGUUGCCUGGAAUCCCCAUAAAAUGCUGAUGGCAGGAAUCCAGUGCUGUGCUCUUCUGGUGAAAGACAACUCUGACCUGCUUAAGAAAUGCUACUCUGCCAAGGCCUCCUACCUUUUCCAGCAGGACAAGUUCUAUGAUGUCAGCUACGACACAGGAGACAAGUCUAUCCAGUGUAGCAGACGACCAGAUGCAUUUAAAUUCUGGAUGACGUGGAAAGCAUUGGGAACUACAGGACUUGAGGAACGAGUAAACAGAGCCCUUGCCUUAGCUAGAUACCUAGUAGAUGAAAUUAAGAAACGAGAAGGAUUCCAGCUUCUGUUGGAGCCAGAGUAUGCGAACAUUUGCUUUUGGUACAUUCCAUCAAGCUUAAGAAAAAUGGAGGAAGGACCUGAGUUCUGGGAGAAGCUCCAUCAGGUUGCUCCUGUAAUUAAAGAGAGAAUGAUGAAGAAAGGCAGCAUGAUGUUAGGGUACCAACCCCAUCGUGGCAAAGUCAACUUCUUUCGCCAGAUAGUGAUCAGUCCCCAGGUGAGCCGUGAGGACAUGGACUUCCUGCUGGACGAGAUUGACUUGCUUGGCAGAGACUUGUAGCUGUAGUUCAACAGCACCAGGCACUGCUUAUAUGCAUGAUGUUUACAGAUCAAGAAUAGCAGCUGCGUAAAUGGUACCAUCACUACUGUUCUGAGAAUGACCUCCCAUAUGCUAAUAAGGCAGGUAUUUGGCAGGUACCUGUGACAGACGGGGCCAGAUUAGCUGCUGACAUAAGUGGGCAUGACAUCAUUAACUUCAGUGGAGUCAUGCCUGCUUAUGUCAGCCAUGAAUUUAGCUCAGUGAGUAUUAAAAUCAAAACACAUCUCUAAUACGUUAAUAUUUUAGCCUGGCAUGCAUUUAAGGAUAAAGGCCCAGUCGGUGAUUGAACUAGUAAGGCCUGAUGCUAGGGGUCCUGUGGCUCUCUUAAUGAAAGCCCCUAAACUAGCAAAUUGCCCAGCACAAAAUGGGCCCAAUCAACAUUUGCCCACUCAUAAACUUACCAGGAUUUUAGCAGAACUGAGAAUGUUGGAAUGGAGAUAGUAGCAUUUUUUAACUUUUUGUCAACAGGAGAUACAAACAGGAGAUGUUAAAGUGUAAACAUUUCUUUAGCACCUUUAGACGCAUGAUAAAAUUUUAACCAAAAAGUUAGAAAAAUAGAUUUAUCUUAAAGGAAUGUGUUUUUUAUGCAGGAUAGCUAUUCGUUAAGAAUUGAUAUAACAAAGCAUUGUAUUUAUCAUGGUUCCUUAUGAUAUUCCUACAGAUUUAAAAAUAGCUAGCUCUCUUGUGAUCAGUGUAUAAUUCUUUUUUGAUGUUAAACUUAAGCUGCUGUAUAAGUUAAAUUUGUCUGUGAUUUUAGUAUAUGAACAUUGUUAAAAAAAUAAGUGAAAUACCAAAAUUAAAUUCUAACCUUUAUAGUUAUUCAGAAUUACAUUUUAUUUAGACAAAUAAUUUUGUGAGUGGUGUAGUUUAAUUUUUUCUAUCUAUAUAAUGAUUCUUUCAGUCAUAAAAACAGAAAUCAUAAAUGUAUCUUUGGGUGGGAGUUCUAGCAGGAAAUUUAAGGAAAUGGCCACAUUUUUCACUUCUAACUUGUAACACUAACUUACUUUGAUGUUUUGUUCUUUGUUCCAUAAUCUGUCUUUGAGGAAGCAAUGACCAAUAUGAAGCUUUUUGUUGUAAUGUAUCUGUAUUGUUGAAAGCUGUCUUUAAAUGCAGUGCUGGAUGUUUUCAUUUCAUGUAUUGUGGUAGUAUCCAGUAUUGUAGAACAUUCCCAGUUUCAGUCUCCAAGAUACCAGUGUGGAACGUUUGCCAGUAUCAGUCACACUAUCAGAGCAGUAGAUGAGAACAAGAGCUUAAUAGACCUCUGCAGAAUAUACUGGGAGUGGAUACUUUUGAGCCAUGGUACACCAUUGAUAUUAUUGGGGAGUUCUUGAUAAAAGUCAUUGGCAUAACAUAACGCUUUGGUUUUGCCCUGUAAUACUUACCAGUUCACAUCAUCAAACACUACCUAUGAUUAAGGCUCCGUGUUUGUCACGGAGGUCAUGUGACCUCCAUGACUUCUGCAGCAGCUGCUGUGCCUGGCCCAGGGGCUGCCUGACUGCUGCUGGGGCAGUCUCGCCCCUCCUCCCCCCACCCGCCAGCAGCAGGAGUUUGGGUGCUUGCCUGGAGUGGGGAGGGCUGCCCUCCCUCAGCUCCUAGCUCCAGGUGCUGCCUCUGCCUGCAGGCACCACCUCCGCAGUGCCCAUUGGUCAUGGUUCCUAGCCAAUGGGAACUGCAGAACCAGGUCUUGAGGCUGAACAGAGGCAGCAGCAUGUGGAGCUCAGGAGCCGGGUAGGGAGCCUGUCCCAACCCCGCCAAUCCUCCCCCCUCCCGGUUCCCUCCCACCCCGGGCUGCUACUUUCCUCCCCGAGCACCCAAGGCACCCCUGCCUGGUUGCACCCCAUCCUGAGCACCUUACCCUCUCCCAGGCCAUGCCUCACACAUGACCCCUUGAGCUGCCCCCCCCCCCCCGUUUUAGCCAGGGGGAUAUAGUAAAAGUCAUGGACAGACCACGGGCCAUGAAUGUUUGUUUACUGCCCGUCACCUAUCUGUGACUUUUUUACUUAAAACACCUGUGACUAAAACAUAGCCUUACCUUUGACUUCCGGGUAUAGCAGCCAUCAUAACAUCAUUUAAAAACCUGAUCCAGCAAAGGAGUCAAGUACCUGCUUAAAGUUAAGCACUUGGCAGGUCAGGGACCAAUUGCUCUGAUAAACAGCCACCCACUCUUGACCGGUGUGCAAAGAACCUAAAGAGCACUGAGUUACCAGAAUUGCUUUGCUAUUGCUUCGGUAGAGUAACCAGUCUCUUUUUUUGGCUUAGAAAGAAAAGUGUCAGGAUUUUCUGAUUCUGACCUAGAUUCUCAGCUGGUAAAAGCCAGCCUAGCUCCAUUCACUUGAAUAAAGCUGUCCUAGCUUACAGCAGCUGAUGAUUUGGUCCUCUGUGUUUUACUAGUGAAAAGUGUCGUCAUGCUAUUACAUUCAUCUUAACAAAUUACUGCUUUCAGUGAUUGAGACAGUCCCAGUACACUUCUGGUUGUCUGUCUGAAAUACCAUCGUUCUAAAUCUAUCAUAGUAGUAGCUGUAUUUUUAAACAAAAGCCAAACUGAACUUUUUUUGAAUGUUUGCACAAAAUAUUUCUUGGAUUUACACUUGCACUGUAUUUGCUUUCUUGAAAGGUGAAGCUGAACCUUACAGUAUGAUGGAAUUAACUUUCUGAGCUCUGUAUUUUCUCUGUUGCUGUCAGCUCCCUGUAACACCUAAGGGAUGUAAUAAGCGGGUCCUGCUUCAGAAUUGUAACAGCAUUUUCCUAUAGUAGCUUAUUUAGACCUAAUAAAUGCAAAAUGUCUAUUUUUUAGUCAAUCAUUUGAAUAAAAAGUAAAGUAAA